UUUUGUAUUGGAAAGGAAAAAAGCAAAGUUAUGGGCAGCUUGCUAAAAUGGCAUGUGAUGUGCUUUCUAUUCCUAUUACAAGUGUAGCAUCAGAAUCCGCCUUCAGUAUUGGAGCCCAUAUUUUGAACAAAUAUAGAAAUAGGCUCCUUCCAAAAAAAGUGCAAGCUCUUAUUUGUGCACGGAAUUGGUUGCAUGGAUUUCCUACAAAUGAUGAAGAUGGAGAUGGAGAUGGAGGUGAAGGUGAAGGUGAAGAUGAAGAUUAUGUUGGUGAAGUUGGUGUUGGAGCUUCAAAUGUUGCUGGGGAAAGAAUAAGGAUGAAGAUGGAGAUGGAGAUGGAGGUGAAGGUGAAGGUGAAGAUGAAGAUUAUGUUGGUGAAGUUGGUGUUGGAGCUUCAAAUGUUGCUGUGGAAAGAAUAA